AUGAGCUUUGCCUGUUUACUUCACAUGGAGCUACCGUAUCAGUAUGGCAUGGCAAUGACAAUUACGACAGCGCUAGAGUUGUCUUGUAAGACAAGCAUCAACUUGCGCCUUCGUUGUUAUCCGUCAGACUCAGCGCAGGUGGCAACAGCAACAGCAGCAGCAGCAGCAGCAGCAGAGGCGGCGGCAGCAGCAGCAGCAGCAGCAGCAGCAGCAGCAGCAGCAGCAGCAGCAGCAGCAGCAGCAGCAGCAGCAGCAGCAGCAGCAGCAGCAGCAGCAGCAGCAGCAGCAGCAGCAGCAGCAGCAGCAGCAGCAGCAGCAGCAGCAGCAGCAGCAGCAGCAGCAGCAGCAGCAGCAGCAGCAGCAGCAGCAGCAGCAGCAGCAGCAGCAGCAGCAGCAGCAGCAGCAGCAGCAGCAGCAGCAGCAGCAGCAGCAGCAGCAGCAGCAGCAGCAGCAGCAGCAGCAGCAGCAGCAGCAGCAGCAGCAGCAGCAGCAGCAGCAGCAGCAGCAGCAGCAGCAGCAGCAGCAGCAGCAGCAGCAGCAGCAGCAGCAGCAGCAGCAGCAGCAGCAGCAGCAGCAGCAGCAGCAGCAGCAGCAGCAGCAGCAGCAGCAGCAGCAGCAGCAGCAGCAGCAGCAGCAGCAGCAGCAGCAGCAGCAGCAGCAGCAGAAGAAGAAUCUGUAGGUUCUUCAAACGCUGUGAGUGCUGUGAUGUCAGCGCUGCAGAGCAGAUGA